GCCGCGAAGGCAAGCGGCGGCGACCACCGCACCAGCUCCGAACCUUCUCACUGCCCAGGAAGCUCACCGCGAAGCCGGCCAAAUCCCCCCCAAAACGCACACAAAAUCACAUCCCCGCGCGCCUUCUGCUACAAAUCCACCCGCCGACGCAUCGAUAUCUCACUCCCCAUGCACGCCAGCAGUUUGAUCCUUAGAGUUCAACCUAUAAAUACAAAGCGUCCCCGCCGGUGGUGUACCCGGUCAUGGCGGCAGUUGGAGCGCGCCCAGUGCUGUACCACCACCCGGCACCGGCGGGCGACGCCCUCUCCAUGUCCUCGUACUUCUCCCACGGAGGAAGCUCCACCUCCAGCUCGGCGUCCAGCUUCUCCGCCGCCCUCGGCCCCGCGCUGCUCUCCGACCCCGCCGCGCAGUUCGACAUCUCCGAGUACCUCUUCGACGACGCCGCGGCGGCCGGGUACGCCGCGCCCCCCGUCGUGCCGGACGGCGCCGCUGCCGGCGCAGGUGCAGGCGCAGCCGCACAGAACGCUAGGAGCGCGGCGGAGGCGGUGCCAGAGCGGCCGCGGACGGAGCGGAUCGCGUUCCGGACGAGGUCGGAGAUCGAGAUUUUGGACGACGGCUACAAGUGGAGGAAGUACGGCAAGAAGUCAGUCAAGAACAGCCCCAACCCAAGGAACUACUACCGUUGCUCGACGGAAGGGUGCAACGUGAAGAAGCGAGUGGAGCGGGAGAAGGACGACCCCAGCUACGUGGUGACGACGUACGAGGGGACGCACAACCACGUGAGCCCCAGCACGGUGUACUACACCAGCCAGGACGCCGCCUCCGGCCGCUUCUUCGUCGCCGGCACGCAGCCGCCAGGCUCCCUCAAUUGACCCAUCGAUCGAUCGAUCGGCGGAGCAGCACGGGUGUCCAAGCUAGCUAGAUAAUAGCUAGUUAAUAGGGUAGGUGAUCUGGGUAGGUUUCUCGAGGUGGAUCGUUUCGGAUCCUAGCUCGUUUUCCCCGUCCUUUUCCUGUUUCGAUCAUGGAAAUGUCCGGCAGCUGGUUGUUGCGAGAUGUUUCCCAGUUCCCACCUAUCCCUUAUUCCCUUCAUCCCUUGAGCGGAGUUAAAAUAGUCUGGGAAAUGUAGCAUACAUAUAUAUACUGCUUAACCGUGCAAUAAGAUGUACAGAGGUCGUCCAGUGUCGAUCGCUAGGUUCUCUUUCUUGUUUA